AUGGACUCAAACGGUUUCAAGUUUUCGCGGCCAAAGACGGAAAACGGCUUCGGUCCGUCGAUAAUUGAAGUUCUCAAUGAUGAGGCGGGGAUUAAUAUGAAGUCCUUGGGAGAACUCGCGAGCAAAGGACCGCUCGGCGAAGGCUGGAGCGAGGACGAGUUUUUGCUCUUUGCGGACAUCAUAACCGACGAGGCCAUCUUCUACGGGGAAUAUUAUGGGCCCGACAUGGUCAUUGGAAUUAUCAAACGGUUCCUCAAAGAAAGACCUGGCAAGACCGAAUUCCAAGCAGCCUGGCUCUCUCAAUUCGUCAGAGAGCUCAUGUGUGGCAUCGAGAAAUACGCAGAGUCUCAAUCAGAGAACGAGUAUCUGAAGACGCAGCGUCUUCUUGCACGAGUUUUCGACCUUUGGCAAGAUGCAAGGAGCGCCAAGAUUCGUCAGGAACUAUUCCGGGGAGUGUGCGCUCUUUUCGACGAUUUCUUCAUCAAGAAAGAGCUGAAGCUGCCAUCAAAACAUCUGGAGUUCAUCAAACUAACGAUGCUCUUCCAAUUGGGCGACAGAUACUUGCCAGAGAAAUCGAUGGCGAAGAAAAUAGUCGACCUGAUUCUUCGUCAAGAGCAACCAGCGCCUGUUCAAGUCUUUGGCUUCAAAUUUCUUCAGACUCUAUAUGCUCAAGGGAAGAAUACGAAGGAAAUCUUCGAGAACUUCGAUGAAUUCGCAAACUACCUGGAGAAAAACCCUAGUCUUGCGGAACUUUGUCGAAAGUUCCAAACGCUCAGCGCUUUCGAUCUGAUUGAAAAAGUCAUGAUCGGAAAGAAGGAAUUUUCCAACGCGUAUCUCUCCUUCCAAAGAAAAUUUGGGCUCAUGAUGAUCAUCAUCGAAGGCUCUGACGAGGUCGACUUCAUUCCCAUCUUCAAACACGAGACGAAGAGAACAGCAAUCAAGCGGAGUAAGAAAUAUGUCUUCAUCAAGUUGGAGAUCGAAAGCGAGGAGCUGGGCGGACAAGAAUUGACGAUUUUCUUCAAUAGAAACUCCACCUUUCAUGGAGCGAAUACUGAAGAUGUGGUCAAAAGAGAAGGGCCUUUUUUCUUCACUGCAGAGAAAGAAAAAAGUUCCUCUUUCGAAACUACAACCGUCAGUCCAGUUCCCGCCAGUGCAACAAGAGAGUUAAAAUACGACUUGGAACCGCACGAUCGAGAAUUGGCUCCACUCUGCAGAGGUUUCGAGAGCCAGUUGAAAUUGAAGCGGACGCCGGCGAACGACGAAAAUUCGAUGGAGGAGGCCUCCCCAAGUAAAGUUUCAGGCAAAAUAAGAGGCUCAAGAGGCUCGACUCCGGGUGUGCCAGUCGAGAGCAAGAACAGCUCAGCUGACGUGAACUUGGCGCCUCCUCCGAAAAAGUCAGAGGCAAAGGUUCUCCCAAACUCCGACCUGCCGCCGGAGACGAUGGCGAAGUUGAGAGAGAAAUUCGCAACCAUUUCUCAACUCAUGCCCCGGGUGGAGGAAAGCAUCGAAGAAAUCGAGUCCGUCAAGAAGCAAUUUGACGCGCACUUGGAGCAAAGGGAGAAGGCUCGGGAAGAUCUGCGCCGAAAUGUGGAAAAAGUGAUGAAGGCCUCCGGGGAGCAUAUCACAGUGGGCGAGCGUAAGAAGGCGUUGGCGCUGAUGUUGAAGGAAAUCAUGGAGAAACUCAUCGCUGACAUGACCCGCAAAUAG